UCUAACUCCAUAGAAAGUCGUAAUUCUUCUGUCUUCUCUUCUCUCUCUCUCUCUCUCUCUCUCUCUCUUAUAUAUCUCUUCCAUUCCAAUGUGCAUGCACUUCAACCUCUAAAUAGAGGCAUCCUCAUUUGGACUGUUGAUUGUAUCAGGCUAUGGAAAUGAAACCAAAUGCGAAGUACGUCUUCAUUGUGGCUCUCAUCUCUCUUCUUCUGUUGUCUCCCUCAUUUUCACAGCUCACGUUAUUACCCAAACAUGAGGCAGAUCAACAAAAGCUUUCCAGAACAAGACACAGACAUGGUGGAGGAUUAGGAAGACGAUUCAAGUGCGACCCUUUUUAUCUUUAUCUUUUUGCUCUCUGUGGUCGCUGGCCUUUUCCCACCUAUCCUUCUCCUAACAAUCCAUUUCAACCAUUUCCAUCAACGCCGCCUCGCCGGAACCUACCCCCGCCAUCUCCGCCGUUGGUUCCUUCACCCCCACCACCAUCUCCGCCUCCGCCGCCUCCCUUGGUUCCGUCUCCGCCACCGCCCGUGGUUUUUCCACCGUGGCUGGUCAUUCCACCACCGCUUGUCUUCUCCCCUCCUCCACUUCCAGAUCUACCAGAAACGCCCAUAUUUCCAUGGCUGUCACCUCCUCCUGAUAUAUUCACCGAUCCUCCGCCGCAGUCGCCGAGCUUCGUUUUCCCACCACCAGAUCUCCCCUCUGGUGGUUCUACCGUAGCACCGCCCUUUUUACCUCCGGAGAGCUUUGUUCUUGUAGGACCGUCGCCGCCUCUAGUAGUGUCGCCACCUUUUCAGCUUCCACCGCCGUCAGGCUCGCCUCCCUUCAAAAACUGAGAUUUCGUCAACUUUAUUGCAUUUAAAUUAUCAGAAAAUCCUCAUUUUCUAUAUUAUAAAAACUGUUUAUGUUUUUUCCUCCCCCUGCACCGGUGAAGUACUGUUUAUGCAUCUCAGUAAAACAAAUAGAGAAUUCU